AACUUCUCUCAAAUUUCUGAUUUAGUUUCCAAGCCUCCGAAUUUCUCCAGCGCUCAUUCCUGUCAGCACUGCUGGAUCCCAGCUUUCCCAGCUAGCCGAGUCACCCUCCCCCUUGUGCGUUUUAUCCGACUCUCUCUGAAAUGGCUCCAACCCCUGCCUACAUCACAAAAAUGUGGAUCUCUCCUAUAUUGUAGGUAUAGUUGUUCGUAUAGCAAGGCUACUCCGUAGCAGACGUACCUAUGCCAUACCUACUGUAUACCUACUCCGUAUUUCUGAUCCUGGAAUUUUGAGAUGUACGGCUGGAGCUCCAGCGGCGAAUUAUUCGACCCCAUCGCUGUCAUGCUCCCAGACGGCUCCGUGCGACUCUACGAUUCCGAGACGGACCGCGUCACAGCGCGCCGAGUCCUCGCCGAAUUUCCCGACCAUGAUCUCUUCGCGGCGUCUCCUUCAGGCGGAUUCGAGCCGUUGUCACCGAAACGCGUGCUCAAGCCAGGCGGCACUUACCAGAUCGUUCCAACCAAUUGCGUGGACCUCCCCCCUGCGCAUUACGCCAGUUCAUAUUCAUCUUCCGGUCAAUUACCGAUGGAUUUAGACGCGAUCUGCUCGGCAAUGACGGAAAAUGACUUCAGGCAUGCCGAGGAAGGAGCGUGCGACUUGGGACCGUCAAUUUCGGCCGAAUUUUGCGCUUGCAGAGACUUGGACUCGUCUGCACGUGCUGGAGAGUUAAAAAACAUCAGCAGCAGCUCAAGUUUCAUCACUGCGUGUAGCAGUGCAUCCGUUACUUCAAGCUCAAGCAGCAGCUUUGCUCGCAGCCAUAGAAGCAUUGCUGAUCAGCGUUGCGGCAAAGGUUUCGGAUUUAGGAGAUCUGCCAAAGCAGUCUCUCAGGAUUUUUUGAAAGCUGCUCAGCUGCAGCAGCUCACAGGGACGGAGAGAAUCAAUUGAUGGUAUACGUCUUAUUUACAUAUGGAAAGUACAAUCUCCAUUUUUUGUUGUCUUUGGCCCAUGAAUACAAGACACUGGGGUUU